GGACAGUAAAGUUGCAGUUGUAGGCACAGCACACUGCUGUCUCCUCGGCUGGUAUAAUUUCCAGCCAGCGGGGGUGUGGUUUUGACAUCACUAUAGCACCAAACUGUAGUACAGCAUUAGCGAGGCUGGCGGUCUGUCUCAGACAUGCAGUCUCGGCGAGGGCAAUUUAAAAGCGCGUCACAAUAUUUUGUACUGUCAAACAACGUCUAAUCACCAGCUAUAGGAUAUUAAACAACGCUCGGACGUUCUCGCAGUAACCCACCUAAAGGUGCUCAGGAAACUCAAGGAUUUUUUUUAUAUAUCAACAUGGCAGUUUUAUGCUAACUGUCUGACCAAGGUGUGUUUGCUGUGAAUGCCUAUGAGAGUGGACAAAGAUGCUAGUCUUUGCCUGAACAUUUUCGUGAGAAGACAAAGUGACAGUUUUGCAGGCUAGCCAAGCAUCACGCCACAGUCUGGUGAUCACUGUCCUGAGUCAGGGGUGGCAUCCACCUUCCCCCACUAAGUCCCUCAGCGACCCUCUCGCCAUUCCAAGGUGCCACAGUCGCCGCCAGCGACUGUUAGCGUGACCACUGGAUUACACAGACCACAGAAAUCUCCAGCAAUCCCCCCUUUUGAGCUUUGACUGUUUGAGAGUGAGCUGUGUGGAGGACCAAGCCCAGGACGUCUGCAUAAACGUGGCCCGGUCCUCCUCCCCAGUUUAGCUCCGACAUACGGUGCUGUUUCACACCUCUAAACACGCAUGGGCAAAAAACUCAACAAAUGCUAACCCAUUCUCAGGACGCAACCCAGGGACUAAUAGACUGACUUACAAGGGUGAUCAUUUUUUUUUUCUGGGCUGUUUGUUUUCUGCUUGGUGAGAUAAGCAAGCAGAGUCAGGAACGUGUGCAGUACCAACACCAGUGUCAGUGCCCGUGUGUGUGUGUGUGCCAGACACAGAUCAUGGCAUCUGACAGCAUUCAGUACCGGGCACUCUUUGAGUACAAACGCCAACGCGGAGACGAUAUCUCGCUCCAGCCUGGGGACAUCCUCACUGUCAACAAGGUGUCCCUCCUCUCGCCCGACUUCCAGGAGAGGGAGGAGCGCAGCCCCAAAGGCUGGCUGCAUGGCACCAACGAGAGGACCAAGGAGAAGGGCGAUUUCCCCGGGACCUUUGUGGAGUAUGUGGGGGUGGUGCGUGUUAGCCCCCCUGGCACCAAAACCUGGACCAGGCCCGUCCCUCCAACUCCAGGAGGGGCCCAGACCCCCGUGAGCCCCCAGCCACCUGGGGCCUCAGCGUCAGCAGGAGCGGGGCAGCAGGAGGCCCCAGAGGUAUUGGCGCUGCCAGAGCAGGCUCCAGGGGCCGUGCUGAGGCUGACAGAGGCCCUGGAGAGGCCGGGCUAUGAGAGUGAACCUCUAUACAAAGCUCCUCCAGCUUCAACUGGACCCCCAGAACUUCGGCAGGCCCUGGACGAAGACCCAGCAGCAGUGGACGUGGACCAGUAUGAGCUUCCUGCGCUGGCUGAUAGCCUGAGGGGGUACCUCCAAGACCUGGUCUCUCCCAUCAUACCUGCAGUGGUGUAUAGCGAGCUCAUGUACACAGCCCAAGAGACCCAGAGCAUGGAGGAGUGCGGCCAGCAGCUGAAGAAAAUCCUGGAGUCCCCCAGCAUGCCCCAGGCCAACCACCAGCUCCUGGUGCACCUCACCCGGCACCUGAGCAGGGUGGGCCAAAGUGGGGCGCAGGGCCAGGCGAAUCCCAGGCUUCUGGCCCAGGCCUACAGCGAGGCCGUGUUCAAGCACUCCCACUGCAGUGCGGACGUUAACACCGAGCACCAUGUGAAGAUCCUGGAGGCUCUGAUCGUGGCUGGAGGCCUAACUGAGAUACAAGCCGCCCCUGCUCUUCCUCCCAAGCCGGCCAAGCCCAUGACGCCGGUGAGCAGUAACGGGGUGAAGGAGGGCGCCAGCCAAUCGCUACAGGAGGCCGAAUGGUACUGGGGAGACAUAUCGAGGGAAGAGGUGAAUGAUAAGCUGAGAGACAUGCCAGAUGGGACCUUCCUGGUGCGGGACGCCUCCACUAAAAUGCAGGGUGACUACACGCUAACACUGAGGAAAGGUGGGAACAACAAGCUGAUUAAGAUCUACCACCGCGAUGGGAAAUACGGCUUCUCGGACCCGCUGACCUUCAGCUCCGUGGUGGAGCUCAUCAGUCACUACAGACACGAGUCCCUGGCCCAGUACAACACCAAGCUAGACGUCAAGCUCAUGUACCCCAUCUCCAGAUUCCAGCAGGACCAGCUGGUGAAGGAGGACAACAUUGAUGCUGUGGGGAAGAAACUGCAGGAGUAUCACAAUCAGUAUCAGGAGAAGAGUAAAGAGUACGACCGGCUGUACGAGGAGUACACCAAAACCUCACAGGAGAUUCAGAUGAAGCGGACGGCCAUCGAGGCCUUUAACGAGACCAUCAAGAUCUUUGAGGAGCAGUGCCAUACGCAGGAGCGCUACAGCAAAGAGUACAUCGAGCGCUUCCGCCGUGAGGGCAACGACAAGGAGAUCGAGCGGAUCAUGAUGAACUACGAGAAGCUGAAGUCUCGGCUGGGAGAGAUCCACGACAGUAAGAUCCGGCUGGAGCAGGACCUGAAGACCCAGGCCAUGGAUAACCGCGAGACCGACAAGAAGAUGAACAGCCUGAAACCAGACCUCAUACAACUACGCAAGAUCAGGGACCAGUACCUUGUCUGGCUCAAUCACAAAGGUGUGCGUCAGAAACGAAUUAACGACUGGCUGGGGAUCAAGAAUGAGAACACAGACGAUGCCUACUUUGUGAGCGAGGAGGACGAGAACCUGCCCCACUACGACGAGAAGAGCUGGUUCGUUGGGGACCUGAACCGCACGCAGGCCGAGGAUCUGUUACUGGGGAAACCAGACGGAGCCUUCCUGAUCCGCGAGAGCAGCAAGAAGGGCUGCUACGCCUGCUCUGUCGUUGUGGACGGCGAGGUGAAGCAUUGUGUGAUCUACAGCACGCCGCGGGGCUACGGUUUCGCCGAGCCCUACAACCUGUACAGCAGCCUGAAGGAGCUGGUGCUGCACUACCACCAGACGUCUCUGGUCCAGCACAACGACUCGCUCAACGUGCGCCUCGCCUACCCUGUGUAUGCACAGAUGCCCUCCACGACAACACGCAGAUGAAGCCUCCCUCCUGCCCAAACUUACCCCCCCCCCCCCCCCUUCCCCCACCGGCCCGCACGCACCUACACCCAGAGCGGGGGUGCAGGGGGCCCCUCUAACCGCCCUAGGAGGGAGGCCGAGAGAAAGAAACUCAGAACACUUGCUGCGACACACACGUUAGCCACCUUGGAGUUAUAUAUUUUUACGAGAACAAUUUUUUUCGGAGGGCAUUCUUUAUAAAGACUGCUUGAUUUGCACAAGGAGAAAAGUUUAAAAAAAGUUUUAAAUGUUUGUGAAUGUGAAAAAAACAAAAGGACACAGAAGACCCGAGUUCAGGUUGUUACACCCCACACCCCACCCCACCCCACCCCUCACCCCACCCCCGCUGCUACCUAAACUCCAGCUGGGACUUUUUUUUUUGUCUUUCUUUUUUUCUUUGCUUUCUUAUAAAUCACUCCUUUUUCCGCGUGGUUUGUUUUCUCUACAUAUAUGCUUUCUGUCUUCUCCUCUGUCAUAUUCAUGCCUUUUGUUUUGAUUUGCUCUGCCUGCUCUCCAGUUUGCUAAGAUGGAAAGAGAGGAUAGCAUCAGCUCAGUCUUCUGUUUGUCGCUUGUCAUUUAUUUCCCUUCUCAUUCCUGCUCUCCUUUUGUUGUUGUUUUUUUAAAGAACAGAAUAAUGAAGCAAAACAAAUGUAGCAAAUGGAAGCCUGCCACAUUCCCCCAGACGACUCCCAGGUGGGGAGGGGAAA